AUGUUCAUGGAGGGAGAAUUUGAGAGGAAGCGACUUGGUCUUGGCGCGCCUCAAUCUUCUGACGAUGCCGCUCUGUUCCUCACUCGGGCUCGGUUCAAGGGCCCACUCGAACGAGACGGGGCACUGGCUGGACUUCUGGCCCGCCACGACGUCGAAUCUGCCGACGUCUUGGACGUCAAUAACGAAGCUUCUGUUCUUUCGCUUGGCGCUGCCACGGCUCUGGUGUAUCAGGGCGUGCUUCUUCUCACCGAUUCCCAGGGCCAGCAUCUGGUCUGGCGGCCCGUCCCGCUUGAAGGCGUCGCCGUGGCCAAGGAGUCGCCCGUUGAGCUGGCCUUUGGUGACUUCACGCUUCUGCUCAUGAGCACAGCAGGCAAGCUUUUACACAAGCAACUUCAGCUCGCGAUCCGCCAGUUAAGGGAUAUCUGGUCAACCGUCAGCGCUGGGCAGUUUUGUCUCGGGCAAUCUCAUGGUGGGCCUGCGCGAUGCGACUGGCUAGCCCAACGACGCUCGGUCCUCGAGCUCUCUCUGGAACGCCAGGAGGCUGAAGCCUUGCUGUCUUCUGCUCGCCAAGAGCUGGCCCACGAAGCUCAGUUUGGGGUCAUGUCUUCAUUCGAAGACUCAACUGAUCUGCGCUGCUUUAGUCCCUUUCGUCGCAACUCGCCCGUGCUCUUAGCCGAGGACCUCCUCUCCUCCCACGGCUCCAGCCAUUCGCUGCUAUCUCGCCAGCAGUCCAUUCCAGCUCUAGCUGGUGGGAUGCCUGUGGGCUCGCCAUUGCCUGAGCUGGAAGCUGGCAUUGCUAGUCCUGGACCCGAGGCACCGCUUGAUCGGGCUCAACCUCGUCUUCAGGAUCUCUAUGACAACCAAGAGGGCGCGCUAGCAGGUGACACGGCAGACCAAGAGGCAGAAGAGGAGGCCAUUUACGACUUUGCCAUCCGCAGCGGGCCAGCCUCACGCCGUGUGAGUGCCUUUGGGGCCUGUUGCCGCUCGGCGUUGCCUGAUUUCACUUGGUACAACGGAAAAAUACUAGACUACGCCUCGAUGGCGGCGGCACACUUGAAAGAAUUUGGCAUUGAAGACGAGGAAGAUGAAGUCGAUUUGAGUGACCCGGAAAAUGCCGACAGCUCCAACGCCAAUGAAACGUGGAAUGCGCCGGCCAUAUCGAAACCCGAUCUCGACUCGCAAACAUCGAGUGCAGCCGCCUCUCCUAAGAGCAGCCCCAAGAGCAGCCCCAAGAGCAGCCCAAAGGCGCGUCGCCGAGCGCACAAAGCCAAGAAUCGCAAGAAGAGCCUGGAUGCCAGUUCACAACUGUUUAAGCUCGCCUUUUCAGCCUCAGACUCAAGCGGCUUGCGUCGAGAGCUACAACGGGCCACGAAGCGUCGGCCCAAACAGCAACCUGGUAUGCCCCACCCCUCUUCUUGUGUCAGCGAAACUGCCUUGAAGCUUCUCGUACAACUGGCCAAAUCAUUCAUCUCAAGCUCCUAUAUCUUGCUUCUUUACGCCAUGUCGGCGUACGCAUGGCGGUUUGUAGGGGCCCAGAAUGACCGCAUGCUGCUGCGCGUCCGCGAAUUUGGCAUUGAAUUCGUCGCUGGCACACACGCUCAAAUGUUGACCUAUUUAACUUCGACCCAUGUUCGUGGCAUUCUUCUUGAUGCCAAGCAACCUCGCGGUUCAACGCUGACCAGCCCACGCAAGCGGAAGACUCCUUGGGCCAGCACGCAGGAAACCUUGACCGAUGCUUCCGACCAAGGGUUUUCCCGCAUAUUUCUGCUUGUGUUUCGACUUUUUAUGACGCCAGUGGAGUUGCUGGCGGCGUUACAUCAGCGCUUUCGCACACCCAUGCAAGAGGAGAUGGAGGUUGUCGAGGCAAAAGAUCCCCUCAGCUCCAACCAGACACUUGGGGUGCUAUACGGCUGGGUGACUCAUCACUGGCACGAUUUCGAUUCGAACAGCGAAUUGAGAACCGAUCUCGAGGUGUGCGCGCAGUCUGGGGUGGUACAGAAGCGCAUAGAACAGCUUCUGAGGCUCACUCGAGCCCUUGGGUUCUUCUUCUUGCUUCAGGCCAUGUUGGAUUAUGUCGAGCUGUCUGGGUUUAGUGACUUUGUCAGGAGGCUACGCUCUCAAAUCCCAGAUCUCAAGGCAACGCCUUUUGAAUCGCUGCCCAAAAUGACGCCAAGCCCGGAACUGUUUGCCAUUGUGGACGGACUGUCCGGCAUCGCGCUCGCCGAGCAGCUUGCACUCCUCCAUACCUCUUGUCUUGGCCGCGUCCGUUCCGUUGAGUUUGUCAUGAACAUGCGACGACACGACGACGCGUUCACUCCUCAGCUCGACGAUUAUAUCAAUUUGUUCAAUGAUGAAGUACGCGCAUUGGUCUGCUACGCGGUGCCAAAAUCGGUCGGGGAUCUCAUUCGGGGCAAACCUGGUUUGGGCAGGCAGCAUGGGUCCAAGCCUACGUGA